GGGGAAGAAGAGUCUCUUAAAUGAACUAAUAUAUAUAUAAAAAGGACUCAUCCUUCUCAGGUCUCAAUGUGUGUCAUUUCCGAUAGCCCACUUUAUACUCUCAGUUCCCAUUGCAUACUAGAUCUCUCGAAAUGGGUGGAUUCCGCGCGGUAGAAGACCGGCCUACGCCAAAGGAGGUGUAUAACUUUCGCCUCUACUCUGAGGCGAUUGUUAUAGCUACCGGAUCAUUGCUAUUUGGAUACGACUCAGCCUUCGUUGGCACAACAAUUGCACGGAAAAGCUUCAAGCAUGAUUUUGGAAUCAAUCCCAAAACGGCCAAUAGUACUUCUAGCAACAUCACCUCUGCGUUUCAGGCGGGGGCGUUUUUUGGGUCGUUGUUUUCGUUUCUUAUCACUGAACGAGUUGGUCGUAAAUGGGCCCUUCAGAUCAGUGUUCUUGUCUUUACGAUUGGAGCUAUACUCAUGACUGCUACAACUGGUCAACUUGGGAUGAUCUAUGCAGGACGAGUCCUAACCGGCCUAGGAUGCGGCGGCAUCACCUCCGGUGUCCCCAGCUACAUCGCCGAAUUAUCCAUCCCUUCUAUCCGUGGUAUUCUAACCGGAUUCUUUGAGAUUGCAUACCAAGUUGGAUCCGUCGUGGGAUUCUGGAUCAAUUACGGCAUUAAUCAGAACAUGGAUCAAACUAAAUCUAUUACUUGGCGGAUUCCCAUGGCAUGCCAAUUGAUCCCUGCUGGUAUCCUACUUGUUGGAGGGUGUUUCCUCCACGAAACGCCGUUGUGGUUGAUGCGUAAAGGCAGAACGGAGGAAGCGUUUAGAGUUUUGGAAGAGCUGAGACGAUUACCCGUUGAUCAUCAAUACAUUCAGGAAGAAGUUGCCAUGAUUCGUACCAGACUUGAAGAAGAGGAGGCAAUCUCUGCGAGGUACGGAUCAGGUCAAUGGGCGUUUUUCCGCGGUGCCAUAAACGAGAUGAUGCGCAAGGGUAUGCGGAAUCGUGUGUUGCUUGUUUUUUGCGCUUUUGCGUUGCAGAAUAUGUCUGGUGCGGCUGCUAUUAAUUAUUAUUCGCCUACAUUGUUUACCUCGUUGGGGAUUACGGAGGUGUCUUUGUAUACUGGUAUUUAUGGUUUGGUUAAAGCCGUCGCGUCAAUCAUCUUCUACAUCUUCUUCAUCGAUACUCUCGGACGCCGAAACCCCGUCAUCGUGUCUUCCAUUGCAUGCUCGCUUUGCCUCUGGGUUGUCGGCGCAUACGUCAAGAUUGGGGAUCCCGCCGCUACUCUCGCGGCCGGUGAACAACUAUCUUCAUCUACUGCUGCCGGCGGCAGAGCUGCUAUUGGAUUCAUCAUGAUUUACGCUAUAUUCUGGUCUUUCGGUCUCAACGGUAUCCCCUGGAUCGUAUCGGCCGAAAUCUUCCCUGGUGCUUUGCGAAAUGUGUCCGGAACAUGGGCCUCUCUUGUUCAAUGGGCAACUCAAUUCACAAUCACAAAAUCCCUCCCCUACAUUUUCACCUCAUUUGGUUAUGGAACAUGGUUCUUCUUUGCUUCUUGGAUGCUUCUUGCUACUAUUUGGUCGUUUUUCUGUCUUCCGGAAACGAAGGGUCUUACGACUGAGCAGAUGGAUGAGAUUUUUGGUUAUUUGCAUGAACAAGGACGUGGGACAUUGGCACAAGCUAAGGGGUUGACGGAGGUUGUGGAGGAUAGGAAGGGUUCGACUAAUCAGCAUUAUGAGGAGGUGUAAUAUGACUUUUUGUUGAAACAAUUAGG